UCUCUUUCUAGGAACAGGGCUUUUCUGUUCCUUUUAGGAGAAGAACUGGAAGAGGCUUGUCCCUGUCAAUGAACCAGACAGGGAGACUGAGCUAAGCGAGGGACGUUCCCCUGUGAGUGGAGAUGGCUGCAGAGCCGGGGGGAGAAUUCGCAGCGGCUUCCCCGGAUCUCCGUCUUCAGACAGCUCCAGAGGAAGGUGUGAAGCCAGGGACGAAAGCCGAGCAGGUGGGAUUGGCAGAGCCCAAACCAGAGAUGGAGCUGGAAGGAACAGGAGGCCCCUCUCCUGCCACCCAGAGGGGGACGGCGGGACUGCAUCUCGGCUGGGCAGAGCCGCAACGCAUCCAACAAGAACCAGAGGAGGAACUGUCGUCACAACAAUGGGAAGCCCAAUGGCAGGAGUUCCUUCAGACAGUGCAGGCCCCGUCCUGUGGAGCAGAAGGGGACCCACGUCUUCCGGGGACUCUGCCGUGGGGUGAGGCUAAGUCUCGCAUGCCCUCCUUCGAGGGAGCACCAGCCGACAGCCGGUGGGCUGGAGAAGCAGAGAGUGGAACCAGACUCCCACCUGGAACAGCCCGGCAAGCCAGUUCCAGGCCAGACGCCGCAGGCGAGGGAGACGUCGGGCAAACGGCAGACAUCAAGACGGAGGACGCCGUCGGCUCAGAGGCCCAGCGCCGGCUCUUCAGGCAGCUCUGCUACCGGGACGCCCAGGGGCCUCGAGAGGUUUACGGCCGGCUCUGGGAGCUUUGCCACCAGUGGCUGAUGCCGGAGAGGCUCACGAAGGAGCAGAUCCUGGACCUGGUGAUUCUGGAGCAGCUCGUGGCUGUCCUGCCCUCGGAAAUGGGGAGCUGGGUGACGGAGCAAGGCUGCGAGAGCUGCCUGGAGGCUGUGGCCCUCACGGAGGAUUUCUUCCUGAGGCAGCGAGAGGAUGAGAAAUUGGAACGGAAGGGACUGGGAACCAUUGAAGGGGUGGGCAUCCCUGUCGCCAAAGGAGAAAAUUCCCUGCUGGAUCCUGGACAAAGAGCUGAGCACAGGGAAGUCACGCAGGAGAACUCUGAAAACAAGGAAUCUUUUGGUGAUGCGGGAGAAAGUGAUCAGGAUGGCAAACUCCUGAAACGGAAAACUCAAGCAAAGCAAACAUGGAGGAUGAAAUCUGUUGCUUCUGCCGGUGCUGACUUGCAUGAAAUUCAAAUCGAAGAAGACUGUUGCAUAGGAAACAAGAGAAAUGAAUUCCCUCUAUUUGCAAAAAGCUUAGCUAGUAAAUCAAGCCUUAGCUCACAGACAAAAAUGCAAACCGGGAAGAAACCAUUGAAAUGCUCAGACUGUGGAAAGAGUUUCAGCAAUAGGAAAAGCUACAUAAUCCAUCAAAGAAUCCACACAGGGGAGAAACCAUAUAAAUGCUCAGACUGUGGAAAGAGCUUCAGGCAAAGGAUACAGCUUACUAUCCAUCAAAGAAUCCACACUGGAGAGAAACCGUUUAUAUGCUUGCAGUGUGGAAAGAGCUUUCGUUGUAGCUCAAACCUUAUUUCCCAUCAAAGAAUCCACACAGGGGAGAAACCCUUUCAAUGCUCAGUAUGCGGAAAGAGUUUCAAUCGGAGUAAAAGCCUUAAGUUACAUGAAAAAAUACACAGAGGGGUAAAAGCAUUUAAAUGCUCAAAGUGUGGGAAGAUCUUUAGUAGAAGCAAAAGUCUUCAUUUGCAUGAAAGAAUCCAUACAGGAGAGAAGCCAUAUACAUGUUCAGAGUGUGGGAAAAGUUUCAAUAGGAGCAAAAGCCUUACUCUGCAUCAUAGAAGCCACACGGGGGAAAAGCCAUAUGUAUGUAUACUGUGUGGAAAGAGGUUCAGCAGGAGCUCAAAUCUUAGGUCACAUCAAAGAAUACACACAGAGGAGAAGCCAUAUAAAUGUUUAGAGUGUGGAAAGAGCUACCGUCACAGCAUAACCCUUACUAUACAUCACAGAAGCCACACAGGAGAGAAGCCGUUUACGUGCUCAGUGUGUGGAAAGAGCUUCAGUCACAACAUAAGUCUUACAAGACAUUGCAGAAGCCACACAGGAGAGAAGCCGUUUACGUGCUCAGUGUGUGGAAAGAGCUUCAGUCACAACAUAAGUCUUACAAGACAUCGCAGAAUCCACACUGGGGAGAAACCAUAUACAUGCUCAGAAUGUGGAAAGAGCUUCAGUCGGAGCACCAAUCUUCGGUCUCAUCAGAGAAUCCACACAGGGGAGAAACCACAUACAUGCUCAGAAUGUGGAAAGAGCUUCACUCGGAACACCAGCCUUGUUUCCCAUCAGAGAAUCCACACUGGGGAGAAACCAUAUAAAUGCUUGGAAUGCGGAAAGAGCUUCAGCCGGAGCACAGGCCUUACUUCUCAUCAGGAAAUUCACAAAGGGAGAAACCAUGUAAAUGCUCAAAGUGUGGAAAGAGCCACACACACUAAAAUUAACAUAAAAGGAAAUCCUAAGCCCCUUACAGGGUGGGCUGAAAAUACAGAAUCGGAAGCGUCGCAUCCUGCCCCACCCCCAGGGAUCUCCCCCAUGUGCCCUAUCGAGGGCGCCUCUUCUCCCCCGCGGGAUCUGGCAGUCAAAAGAUCCUGGCAGCAAAGAAAGGGGAUCCUUCCAUCCUGUUGGAGGCACGCACUGAAGAUGCGAGAGCGGGACUUGACUGCAUCCCAAGCAGGAAGAGACCCUCCUGUCGUCCAGGAUGGGAACAGUGAGGAAUGCUGGGAGAGGACAGUGCAGAAGAAGAUCCUGGCUAAGGACACUCUCAGCUCAGAUGCGCAGCGCCAGCAUUUCAGGCGGUUCUGCUACCAGGAGGCUGAGGGCCCCCGAGAGGUUUGCAACCGGCUCCACAAUCUCUGCCAUCGGUGGCUCAGGCCAGAGCGACACACAAAAAAUCAGAUCCUGGACCUGGUGAUCCUGGAGCAGUUCCUGGCUGUCCUUCCCCUGGAGAUGGCGAGCUGGGUGAGGGAAUGUGGAGCGGAGACCAGUUCCCAGGCGGUGGCCCUGGCCGAAGGUUUUCUUCUGAGCCGGGCAGAGGAGAAGAAACAGGAAGAGCAGGUCCUCGUGCUGUCAGCAGAAUUGACCCCUGAUUUGACUGAAGCUGCACCGCCCGCCUCAGGCACCAAGCAGAGUGCGCUUUUCUGGGGGAUCUCACAGGAAGGUGAAAGAAGUGCUGGCUCAUCAGGUGGUGGAAAGCCAUUGGUGACACAGACCAAAUCUUCUCUUCAUGGUGGUGGAGGGGAACCAGCUUCUGGGCAACCUGAUCAGGGUCCCGUGACCUUUGAGGAGGUGGCUGUGUAUUUUACCGAGGAAGAGUGGGCUCUGCUGGAUUCAGGCCAAAGAACACUGCAAUGGGAAGUCAUGGUGGAGAAUUAUGGGAAUCUGGCUUCUCUGGCAGGUGAUGAGUGGAAGAACAGGAAUGAAGAAGAGCCAUGCACAGUAUCCUUGGAAAGAGCCACAUGUACUGAAGGGGAAGAACAAAGGAGGGAGACUGAUGCAACAGAGGAGAGGGGAAAUAUAUUCUGUGUGUCUGAAGAUGCUAACUUCCAUGAAAAAACAAUCCAGGAAAAGACAGACAAUGAAAAGAAGAGGAGUAUAUGCAAUGUGUGUGGGAAAACCUUUAGUCGUAAAUCACACCUUAAUGAACAUCAGAGAAUCCACACAGGGGAGAAACCAUACAAAUGCUCAGAGUGUGGGAAAAGCUUCAGACGGAGCACAGACCUUACAUCGCAUCAAAGAACUCACACUGAAGAGCAGCCGUUUAAAUGCUCAGAGUGUGGAAAGAGUUUCCGAGGGAGUUCAGAUCUUAGGUCUCACAAACGAAUCCACACAGGGGAGAAACCAUAUACCUGUUCUUUGUGUGGGAAGAGUUUCAGUCACAGCAUAAGCCUUAAUUCCCAUCAAAGAAUCCACACAGGGGAGCAACCAUUUAAAUGCUUGGUGUGUGGGAAAAGCUUCACGCGCAACACAGGCCUUACUCUGCAUCAGCGCAUUCACACAGGUGAGAAACCGUAUACAUGCUCCCUGUGUGGAAAGAGCUUCAGUCACAGUAAAAGCCAUGCUAUCCACCUAAAAGUGCACGCAGGGGAGAAACCAUAUACAUGCUCAGAGUGUGGGAAAAGCUUCAUUGGGAGCUCAUACCUUAAAUCACAUCAGCGAAUCCACACAGGGGAGAAACCAUAUACAUGCUCAGUAUGCGGGAAAAGCUUCAGGUGGAGCACAAACUUUAAUGAACAUAAAAAAAUCCACACGGGGGAGAAUACUGUGAAUUGUUUGCAAGACGCCUUGAGGGUAAAGUUGCUCACCUCCGUAGCAAUCUUGAUGCCCCAUCCACAGCUACUGUAGUCCCCAGUGAGGUGAACAGUACAUGCCUGCUGCAACCUCUUGGGAUCAGUUUCAGUUAAUGACGUGGACAAGGUGCUUGUGACAAUACGGCCAACAACAUGUCCUCUCGACCCUUGCCCUUCUUAGCUUAUUAAAGCUUGCCGAGGGGGGUAAGACCAAGUGGAUCCAGAGUGUGGCCAAUGCGUCUUUGUGGGAGGGAGUGGUCCCAGUCCCCUGAAAGAGGAGGUGAUCCAACUGCUCCUGAAAAAGCCCAUCCUGGACCCAUUGGUUUGUGACAAUUACUGCCCGGGCACAAAAACUCCCUUUUUAGGGAAGGUGAUUGAGAGGGUUGUGGCGCAACAAUUGCAAGUACUCUGGGAUGAAACAUUCUCUUGACCCAUUCCAGUCUGGGUUCAGGCCUGGUUAUGUGACUGAAUCGGCCUUGGUCACCCUGAUGAAUGAUCUUUAUUGGAAGAAGGACAAGGGCAGUGCAACCCCGUUAUUCUUGCUUGAUCGCUCAGUGACUUUUGAUACAUUAACCACAGUAUCCUUCUGAAUUGAGUUGGUGAGAUAGAUAUCAGAGGCACUGCUUUAUAGUCGUUCCGAUGCUAUCUCCAGGGUCAUUUUCACAGAAUAAGUUGGGUGAUUGUCUUUUGACCCCCUGGCCGUUGUGUGUGGGGUGCUGCAGGGUACCAUCUUGUCCCUCUUGCUGUUUAACAUUUAUAUGAAGCCCUUGGGAGCGGUCAUCAGGAGAUUUGGGGCAAGGUGUCAGCAGUACGCUGAUGAUACCCAGCUACGUUUCUGUGUAAAAUCUGAAUCGGGAGAGGCUGUGCAAGCCCUGGACUGCUGCCUGGACUCGGUGGUGGGCUGGAUGAGGGCCAAUAAACUGAUCCUGAAUCUUAACAAGAUGGAGGUACUGUGGCUUGGUGGUUCCUGAGUCCGAAUAAUUGGUCAGUUGCCUGCUUUGGAUGGGGUCAUACUCGCUCUGAAAGAGCAGGUCCGUAGUCUGGGGGUGCUUCUAGAUACAUCUUUGUUGCUAGAGGCCCAGGUGACCUCCGUGGCUAGGAGUGCCGUUUACCAGCUUCAGCUGGUAAGACAGCUGUGACCAUUCCUGAACCGGGAUAGCCUGACCGCUGGUAUCCAUGCACUUGUAACCUCCUGGCUGGAUUAGUGUAAUAUGUUAUAUGUGGGGCUACCCUUGAGGUUUGUCUGGAAGCUGCAGCUGAUGCAAAACGUGGUGGGGAGACUGCUCACUGGGGCAGGGUAUCGGCAACAUGUCACCCUGCUGCUGAAAGAGUUGCACUGGCUGCCCAUUAACUACCAGGCUAAGUUCAAGGUUCUGGUUUCGGUGUACAAAGCCCUAUACAGCUUGGGACCAGGAUACCUGAAAGAUCGUCUUACCCCUUAUAUACCCAGUCGAUCACUGCGUUCUGCAGGUGAGGGCCUCCUGCAGAUGCCAUCUUAUCAGGAGGUUCGUUCUGCACAAUAUAGGAAACGGACGUUUAGUGUGGCGGCACCUACCCUGUGGAAUUCCCUCCCUUUGAAUAUUAGGCAGGCGCCAUCUCUGUUAUCUUUUUGGCACCUACUGAAGACCGCCCUCUUUCAGCAAGACUUUUAAGUAGAGACCCUCUCCCAGUCUGUGCCUGUGUUGGAAUUGCUUUUUAAGAUGUUUUUAAAGAUGUUUUAAUAUGUUUUAAAGUCUUUUUAAAAGAUGUUUUAGAGUGCUUUAAGUGUUUUUCUUUGCUGCCCUUGGCUACUUCUGACAGGAAGGGCAGGAUAUAAAUUUAAUAAAUAAAUAAAUAAAUAAAUAAAAUUAAUAAUCAUAAUAAUGAACAGUGGAAGGGAUGUUUUGUCUCCUGCCUUCAACCAGAACUCCACAGACAUGCUCACGGACCACAGUUUGGGAACUAUUGGUCUAGUUCAUUCUGUGGAGCAGUUGAUUAAACCAACAAUUUUUGAUUAAAUCUACAGAUUCAUGAUUUUGUUUGAAAGCAUGGUAGACAUUCAGCAACGUCAAGUGAUCUGCAUCGAUGUGGGCGAACCUCAUCUUGGCCUCAUCUGGGGCUUUCUUGGCUUCCAUGGGGCGAACAAAACACUGUGGGAUGGAGAGCAUGGCAGUAAUAGGUAGAAUCUCGAUGGAACAGUUGUAGUUGCAACUUGCAAUAACCAUUUUAGCCAGCUGUGGAUGGAGUGGAAAUUCUGCCAUCAUGGAUCCCAGUUCAGCCAAGUCUCCAUCGUCAUUUAAAGCGGCUAGGAAAUUCAAAAGUUCGAGAGCCCUCAUCAAGGAUUCUGGAGCAGGUGGGUCCAUAAAAUCAAAUUGAACCAAAUCGUCUAUGCCGAGUUUCUUCAGCUGUAAUACCGCAGGACCCAAGUUGGACCUCAGAAUUUCAGGAUAGGUGUUGUCCUGCAUCUUGGUUUUGUAAGCCUUCUCUGUAUACAGUUGGAAACACUUGCCUGGUCUAGUACGGCCAGCACGGCCAGCUCUUUGCUGAGCAGAAGCUCUACUUAUUGCAGUGACCAAGACAGAUUCUACCCUUAUACGAGGAUUGUAUACGUUUUGCUUGGCAAAUCCAGGAUCAAUGACAAAUACAACACCAUCUAUUGUCAAUGAUGUCUCAAUGAGAUUAGUUGACACAACUACUUUUCGUCCUAUUGCACCAUUUGUUCUUUUUUGAGGGGGAGGCUCAAAAACCCGCUGCUGCUGCUGUGGUGGAAGUGUUGAAUAUAAUGGGAUGAUUUUGAUGCGACCAACUUCAGGGCCCAGAUCAUCGAUUUCACGCUUUAUCCUCUUGCAGGCUUCAUCUAUUCUUGUCCAGUAAGAAAAAGGAGAAUAUCUCCUUCCUCCUCUUCGUACAUAUGAAUCUGGAUUACUGUACGAAUAGCUGCCUCGAAGUAAUCCCUUUCUGGUUCUGGAGUAUAGAAGAUCUUGACAGGUUAUGUCCGGCCAGGGAAAGUGAGGAGAGGGCAAUUGUCAAAAUAAAUUUGAAAUUUGCCAGCAUCAAGAGUGCCACUCAUAAUGAUAACUUUAAAUCAGACAACCUCUUUCAGAAUUCCCACCAAAAUGUCGGUAGCCAGGGUUCUUUCGUGGGCUUCGUCAAGAAUUAUUACUCCAUAACAUUCCAGUAAAGGCUCAUUCAUAGCUUCCCGGAGUAACAUACCAUCAGUCAUGUACUUCAGAAUAGUUUUUGCACUGCAACAGUCUUCAAAUUGAAUAGCAUAACCAACUUCUGCUCCCAACAUCACAUCCAUUUCAUCAGCAACUCGCUGUGCCACGCUCAUUGCAGCGAUUCUUCUGGUCUGGGCACAUGCAACACCUCUCUUCGGUCCUGGCAGUGACCGCAGAUAGUCAAUGCACCACUGAGGGAUCUGAGUAGUUUUGCCGGAACCGGUCUCACCAACAAGUACAAUAGAUUGGUGUCUGAUCAGAAUAUCAGUAAAUCUUUCUUUAUAUUCCCAGACAGGGAGCUGAAGCCGUUUCUUCAAGAUUUCAUAACAACGAGGUGUAUGAGGUAGGUUUGUAAAUGGAUUAAUACCCUGCACAAGUAGAGUCGGCUUUAGAUGGGGCAACCCAGCACCAGCAAUGAGCAAACAAUUAGUUGAUGGAGACAAAUCCUUUCUCUGACCUCUUUUCUCACGGUCUCGAUCUCUGUCACGGUCUUCGGACUGGUCAUCACGAUCCCUUUCACAAUCUCGAUCCUUCUUCCAUCUGAGCCCCAGCACAGUCUCCAAGAGGAAUUGAAGCAUCUCCUCGCUCUUUCCAAGGACCAACAGGCCCUGUUGACAAAUCCCGCAAAGGAUUACACUCGCCGAUCAGAAACAAUUAUGGAAAGAAGUGGACGACAGCUCCAAACGACACAAGUCUCUUUCUGUAAAACACAAAGCAGGUGAAAACGAGACUCGGAAAGAAGGGCAAGUGGAGAGUUCCUCCACCUAAGAAGCACAGGGAAAAACUGAACAGGAAGAGAAAGCUGCCACUUGUCCAUCUAGAUCAGUAUUGUUAACACUGACUGGCAGCAGCUCUCCGGCAUUUCAGGCUGGGGACAUUCCCAGCCCUUCUUGGAGACACGGGCUUGGGCUUGGGCUCUUCUGCAUGCAAGGCUGAUGCUCUACCACUAAGCUGUAGGGCCUUCCCUUACAGAUAAAGUAAGAUUCCAGUGCCGCCCUGGGUUCCUGCUGGGAGGAAGGGUGGGAUGUAAAUAGGGUUGCCAGAUUCAGGGCCUCAGACUGAUCCUGUAUCUUUAGGAGAAGAGAAAGUCAGCCAAGUGCAGGUGUUCUUGCAACUCUGUAAUGGGAAAAACCACAAGGUGGAAUUCUCCCUUCCCCGCAUACCUUUUAAAGAUACAGAAGACCUCUUGGUU